AUGGCGCUCGCGGCCGAUAACGCCGUCCUCGAAGUCGACGAUCACUUCAGCGACACCGACUCCGCUUUCUGCAACCAGUCGAGCGCAUCGACGUCCGUUACGUCCAGCGUAUUGAAUUACAAGUAUGAGAAUGGGAGACGCUACCACGCCUUCCGCGAAGGCACCUACUUCGCACCCAACGACGACAAAGAGCAGGACCGCAUGGACCUCUUCCAUCACAUUUCCACCUUGAUCCUCGGCGGAAAGCUCUUCCGUGCGCCUCUCAAGGACCCCAAAAACGUUCUGGACUUUGGCACCGGCACGGGCAUCUGGGCCAUGGACCUGGCCGAUGAGUUUCCGGACUGCCAGGUCCUGGGCUCCGACCUCAGCCCCAUCCAGCCUUCUUGGGUGCCGCCGAAUUGCCGCUUUGUGGUGGAUGAUGUCGAGGCCGACUGGGCGGACGGCCAGAAGUAUGACUUGGUCCAUGGCCGCACCAUGGGAGGCUCGCUCAAGGAUUGGCCGCGCUUCUUUGGCCAGGCGUUCGCGAACAUGAACCCUGGCGGCUGGGUGGAGAUGCAGGAGUUUGAGAUCCAGUACGGCUGCGAUGAUGGCUCCUACCCUGCAAAGGCGCCGACUGUUGCGCUUUACAUCGAGAAGCUUAAUGAGGCUGCCGAGUCUUUCGGAAAACCUAUGGACGUGGCGCGCGACAUGAAGCAGUGGAUGAUCGACGCCGGAUUCACAAACGUCCAGGAUGACGUCUACAAGGUUCCCAUGGCUCCGUGGGCGAAGGACAAGAAGCUCAAAGAGAUCGGAAAGUAUGCUCUGAUCCACGUGCUCGAGGCCAUCGAGGCGUACAGUCUGGCACUUUUCACCAGGGUUCUAAAAUACACGCCCGAGGAAGUCCAGGUCAUGAUGGCCAAGAUAAGGAAGGAGUUCAAAGAUCCGGAAGUACAUGUCUACUGGAUCUAUCACAUCACUUAUGGUCAAAAACCAGAGUCUUCAUGA